GCUACACAUUAGUGCACUUAGCAUUGCGAUUCCAGCGUGAAGACAUGUUGGCCAUUCUGUUGACUGCAACCGAUGCUGCUGCCAAGGCAACCAAGCGUUUGCCAUGCAUGGCCUGCCCUGAUACAGCCACGGACAUCCGGAGGCAAGUGGUUGCAUCGCUGCGUCAGAGAAAAGGGGAUUUUCCAAUCUCUUUCCUCACUGAUUGUGUCACCUUCUCACUCCCAGCAGAUAUUGAAGACUUAGCAAGGCAUAUACAGGAGCAGCUCUUUGAUGAGAUUCUAGACCGGGGGGUACAGAAUGAGCUUGAGGUGGAGGAGGCUAUCAUCAACUGGAGCAUUGAACUGACCGAAAGAUUGGGCAGCCGACUUUAUGCCUUGUGGAACCGAACUGCCGGGGACUGCCUCCUGGAUUCCGUCCUUCAAGCCACUUGGGGAGUGUUUGAUUUAGAUAACUCCCUUCGACGUGCCUUGGCUGAUAGUUUGAGAGAGGGAGCAAUGAACUUUUAUCCACGCUGGAAGGAGUAUGAGUCCAUGCAAGCUGAGUCUCUUCAUUUCACGCUAGAUGAAAGCCAGUGGCAGCAUGACUGGGCCUUGUUGCUGAGUCUUGCCAGUCAGCCUGGAACGUCCCUGGAACAAAUGCACAUAUUUGCACUUGCGCAUAUCCUGCGACGUCCAAUAAUAGUUUAUGGUGUCAAGUAUGUUAAAAGCUUCAGAGGAGAAACCAUUGGAUUUGCCAGGUUUCAGGGUGUUUACCUCCCUUUGCUGUGGGAAUCCUCAUUUUGCUGGAAGAAUCCUGUUGCUCUUGGUUACACCCGAGGCCACUUCUCUGCUCUGGUAACUAUGGAGAUGGAUAUGGAUGAUGGGAUAGGUGCUGGUGCUAAUACAGACUCCAGUGAUGAAGAGCAGGUGGCUUACCUCCCAUUGGUGGAUUGUGAAGGAAAAUUGCUGCAGGUUCAUUUUCUGUCAGCAUCAGAAAUUGGCCGAGAGGAGGCAGUACUGAAGGAAUGGCUGCAUUGCCAAAAAACUAAAGGGGGUCUGCUUGUUGCAGUUCAGUGUUUAGGCAAGAGGCCUGUAGCGGUCAAGCAGAUGGUGGAUGAAUGGUUAGACCACUACAGAAGGCUCCAAACACAGCCAGCUGCACUGUCAAUCAAAAGUACCUUUUCAAGUGAUGGAGAAAGUGAUGAUGAAUGA